AUGAUUGUCUCCCUAUCUGCUAGGAAUAAGAUAGGGUUCAUUGAUGGAACAGUUCUCCAACCUCCUGAAAAUUCCCCUCAAUUUACGCAAUGGGAUAGGUGUAACAAUAUGGUCAUAUCUUGGCUGACCAAUUCCCUUACACCAAAAAUAGCUGAAAGUGUUCAGUACUCUAGCACUGCCCAAAGUAUCUGGACCCAGCUUAAUAAAAGUUCUUGCACAUGUGCUGCCAAAUCUGAGCUCCAAAGAGAAGAUGACGAGAACAAGUUGCAUCAGUUUCUCAUAUGGCAUAAUGACACCUAUAUUGGGGUUAAGAGUAAUCUGCUCAUGAUGCAGCCUCCUCCAUCUCUAGACACUACCCACAAAAUCUUGCUUCAGGAUGAGAGACAAAGACAAGUGUCCUCACCAUCCCAAUUCCAUACUGAUUCUGACUCUUUCAAUGCCCAUCUCAAUAAUAAGUUCUCAGGGACACCUGCCCUCCUAAACAGUUCGAUCAAAGAGUUCCCACCAGGUUUCAAAUUUACUAAGGGUAAAAGGACUACUGCAAAUGUUGAGGUGCAGGGUUAUCCAAAUUCUGUUGGUUUUCAGAAUACUAUUGAGAGUUCUCACUCUCCAGCUGAAGGGUCUUCCAAGUCAGAGUUCUUGAUUCCUGGGUUAACCAAGGAUCAAUAUUCACAACUUAUGAUGCUGCUUUAA